AUGGAAAUGCUUUCUGCUCGAUAUUCUAAUCGUGAAUUAUAUUGGAUAAAUCAAUAUCGUUUAAUUCGUCAAUAUAUUUGGACAAAUAAUCGUACAUGGAAUGUAACAAAUUAUUUACAAAAUAAAUAUGUUUAUUGGUGUGAUUGUGGAUCUCAUGUACGUAUAAGUCGUUCAUUUCUUAAUGGUGAAAAUAAUAUUUAUUGGUCAGAUUCAAGACGUGAUACAACUGAAGUUAUAUCAUGGGAUGGAAAAAAUCGUUGUACUGUUAUGUUAACGAUAUAUAAAUAG